AUGCCGAAGAAGGAGAAGGGAGUCUACCACUUCUGCUUAUUUGGGAACAAAAAGAAAAAGAUUACACUCAAUGAAAUUAUUGAAACUGUGGAAGAGCUGAAAAAACAUGGUAUGCAACUGGAGGACCAUGCACUUCAUAAAGAAGGCCCCUGGGGUCAAGUUUGCCUGACACUUGGUAUUCAGAAUAAUAAAAAUAACCGCUACAGAAUUUGCGAUGCAUUUCGUCAGAACUUGUCUAUACCAGUCAAAGGGGAUUCAGAUAAUGGACAAAAGCCACCAGAGCAGGAAGAACUAUCAGCUGGCGCUUCUCUGUCAGCGGACAUCUCCUUGCAGGAGGAUGGACAGCUGUCUCCUGAGCAGCAACCAGAAGAACUAUCAGCUGCCGCUUCCCUGACACCGGACAUCUCCUCGCAGGUGGAUGGACAGCUGUCUCCUGAGCAGCCUAACAGCAACUCAUCUGAUGAUGGGUUCAUAAGAAUCAGGGUCCCACUUGAACCGACUUUUUUUUUCUUGAAAAGGAAAGAAUGGGCUAAUCUAAAAAAUAAGAGAUCCCAAAGAGGAUACAAGGGACUACAGUGGACAAAUCUGAUUUCAGACGGACUACGGACAGUGUUUCCAUAUUGUUCCUUUGCUUUCAAAAGGCACAGAGUCAAGACUUUGGACUCAAUAAUGAAGACGAUCUAA